AUGCUGGUACCCCAGAGCCUCUCACUCUGCAAUAUUUUUGGCGUGAGAUGCGCCCUGCCGCCGUCGCCAGUGGCCGUGCCGAGAACGGUGUACGGCAACGACGACCGGCGAGACUGGUACGAGCUGGAUUACACCUCUGCCGGCGACGCAAUGGCGGGACGUCUGUUGGCUAACUCGAUCAUGGUGCACAUCACUCGAGCGGACCUCGGUGCUCCUGACUCGCACGGUAUUUACCGCAUUCUCGAUGACUACGCAGAUUCCCUUCGGCUCGGCCCUGUUCGGAACAUGUGCGACGGCCAGAAAUUCUUGCGGCAGCCACGGCUUGGCUACUGCUCUGCCACGCUGGUCAGUCCGACCGGGGUCAUCACGGCUGGGCACUGCGUGCCAGACCAGAAAACGUGCGACAGCGCGGCGUACGUCUUCAAUUACUAUGUUACCGGCCAUGACGCUCACGGCGACCCCACAUUCCCUUUGAUCACCUCUGACGACGUAUAUUUUUGCAAGUCUGUGAGCACCAUGUAUGCGACCGGCGGCACCGACAUUGCGCACAUCACCCUGGACCGGCCUGUCCUCGGCCGUGUCCCGGCCACCUACCGCAAGACGUUGGUCCCUACUACGCCGGGCCAAAAGCUGAUGAUGAUUGGCUUCCCAGACGGCAUGCCCGCCAAGGUGGAGGCCGGUGGCACGGUCACCGACGCUGGGAGGUCGAACGGCUUCGAGUUCUUUGUAGCCUCGACUGACUCCUUCGGCGGCAACUCCGGCAGUGGCAUCUUCGAUGCGGACGGAAUGAUGAUUGGCGUCCUUGUGCGAGGAAUAAAAGGCUACGUCCAAAGCGGCGGGUGCACCGUCGUCUACGCGCUCCCAGGCCCAAGGGGGCAGGAGGAGAUCACAUACGUCGAUCGUGCCGUCAGCCUGGUAUCGGCGUCUUCCGGCCACCUUCCGGCCACCGAGUGCACCGACUCGUGCGUUCACUCCAACGACGGCGAGUGUGACGACGGAGGGCACGGCGCCCUCUACAGACACCCAACCGCCUACCUCCUUGCCCGCAGCGCCUGCGACCACGGCAGCGACUGUGCCGACUGCGGCCACCGCUUCCCGUCGGCUCCGCCGUCGGCCUCGCCGCCUCCCGCAGCGACCACGUCGGCUCCGCCCUCCGAGUGCACCGACUCUUGCUUCCACGCUCGCGACGGCGAGUGCGACGACGGCGGCAACGGCGCCCUCUACAGCGCCUGUGACCACGGCACCGACUGUAUGGAUUGCGGCGAGCGCCCCCACGCCUCGCCUCCACCUUUGACCCCAGCCUCGCCCUCGGCGGCGUCGGGGCUUCCGGCCUCCGAGUGCACCGACUCGUGCGUUCACUCCAACGACGGCGAGUGUGAAGACGGAGGGCACGGCGCCCUCUACAGACACCCAACCGCCUACCUCCUUGCCCGCAGCGCCUGCGACCACGGCAGCGACUGUGUCGACUGCGGCCACCGCUUCCCGUCUGCUCCACUGCCGCAUCCGCCGCAGCCAACCCCCUCGCCCUCGCUUUCGCCUCUGCCCUGCCCCGGAGUGGCGCUGGAGGUGAAGAGCGACACGUGGAAGGACGCGGCGUCCACCUGGAUGUCCAUCCUCGAGCUGCGGCGCAAGAUCGGCGUCGAGCGCGGCAUCGCCGUCAUCGACUGCAUCGCGGGCGACCAGAAGGUGCUCGACGCGCUCGGCGCCGCCAAGGCGCUCUUCGACAUCGAGGGCGACGCGCCGCCCGACGCGCGGCUCAGCAAGGCAGCCGGCGGCCACAUCCGCGCCAACGGCUACAGCUACCGCAAGAAGAUCAACCUCGAGCUCGCGCGCAUCCGCCGCGUGCGCGACCUGCAGAUGCGCGGCGUGGCGCUCGUCGGGACGGCGAUUGCGGCUGCGCUCAUCUCGACCUUCAACUACCUCUACUCCGUCGCCGACGGCGUGGAGCCGUGGUGGCUGCCGCCGGCCGUCGUGCUCGGCGUCCUCUGCGUCCUCCUUCCCGCCGCGGCGGUCCUCGUCUACCUCUACCUCCUGCACAAGCGCAAGUCGGCGGGCUCGAGGCUGGGCGGCGGGCUCGGGCACGGCGCCUGAGCUUUCUCCACCGACCCCGGGAGGAGGGCCGCGCCUGGCCCUUAGUCCCUCUCUGCCGCCGCCGCGGCCUGUGCAAGCCUUGCCUGAGGGCUCGAGGCUGGGCGCGGCGGGCGCACAGGCGCUACAGACCUGAACGCGCGGGAAACGGGGAUGUGACGCGCGUCUAGGCUCUGGGCAUGUCCGUCUAGGGUACCAUACUUCCGGGCCGGUGUGCGGGGAGCGAACCUUAACCCCUAAACGGCGUUCCCGUC